GAACAAUAAAUUGUAUACCUAUAUUUUUCAUAUUAUACAAAGCUCACUGUUAUCCGUUAUCAGAAAUAUUUUAUUUCAGUUGUAACACAGACUGUUUAGUUUAUUAGUUAGUAAACAAGUUUAUUCUUCAUGUUUGAUUUUUCGUUUGUACUACUAACUUCACUUGUCAGAUGUCACUCACUUCUACGUUUUGGCGCUUUACUCUUCGUUUUAACAUAUAACGUUAUAACUUAUUUAAUUAUUUUGGUUAUAACUUUUUUUUUUUUAUUGUUUAAUUAUUUAAUUAAUUUAAAUAUAUUAUUUAAAGUGCUGUGGAUUUAGUAGGCUAAAUUUACGCACGUUACUUUCUAUUUUACAAAUAUACAUUAUUGAAAUAAAGUUUAAACAUGCGCGUUGAUUGGACAUUUUAGACCAAUGCAUUACGCAUCAAUUAAGUAAUAAUUCUGGAUUUCUAACGAUGUCUACUGCUACAAGUAGUGAUAAUUCAGACAUUGCUAGUAGAAUUCAAAAAAUAGCUGAUAAAUUAUAUGAAGAAAGUGGAUCCACCGUUAUAGCACGUAAAAUUGUCUGUACUGAAAACGUUUUAGACGACCCAUACGAUAAGAAAAAACUUUCUGAAUUAUCUAUCUCAUCGUCCAGUAGUUCUUCAGAUUCAAAUAGUUCAGAUUCUGAUACUGACAAUAGUUCAGACUUGGACGAAGAAGAGAACAAUAAAUCAGAGAAGAAGUACCGAGAACAAUUACAAUCUAUUGAAACCCAUUUUGAUUCAUUAAAAGAAAUGUUGUUUAAUGAAAGAAUAAGGGAAGUUGAAGAUAAGUUAGUUGAAGUGCGAUUGGGUACAGCUAAAGAAUAUCGUAUACCUUUACAAGAAUUACAAAAUCAAAUGAAAUCUCGACUGGAAGUAGCAACUGUAUUAAGACAGUUCAAAUUAACAAAUCUAAAACAUAAAUAUGAAGCUGAAGAACAGGCAAUACGACAAAAUUUUGAGAAUAAUAAGGAAAUUUUAUAUGAUACUAUAAAAGCCGAUUUAGAAGAAAAAAUUCAGCGAUUAGAAGAAGCACGUAAUGAAGUAGAUAUAGAUGCUUCUCUUUGGUUAGGUCGUAGUUUAACACGAAGUGGACGUGGACGUGGAAGACGACCCUAUGGUCAUGUACAACCCAAGCGGAAACCAGUUAUUGUAUCUGGACCAUGUAUAGUCUACAACCUCAAAGAACAUGAAAUACUUGAAGAUUGGACCACAAUUAAAAAGUUGCUAUCAUCGUCAAAACGAAAAGAAAAUGCUGAGCAACGAUAUAAACCAUAUAAUUAG